AGUGCAUUCAGGAAAACCCUUCGUUGCGCCACCGGCAGGCAGGUCUAUUGUGUGACCAGCUCUGUGGCGCAAAAAGGCGGCUAUAAAUGAAAUGUUGAAGGCGGUUCCAAUACCACAUGGUCGCAGUGGCGAGAUGAAGCGACUCGUUUUGUUGAUAUUAGCUCUCGUCGUGGUGCUAGCCUCAGCGCGGCCGGGCAUCCACAUCCACACAUCACCAUUGGUCCACGAGUACCACGCCGUACAUUCCCCGUACGUGUACCAUGAACCAAUAGCGCAUCAUGCCCCAAUAGUGCAACAUGCGCCAGUAGUGUAUCAUGCCCCAAUAGUACAUAGCUCCGCAAUUCAUACCGUGCCAGUUCAUCCGCCUGUGGUGAAAUAUAAAGUUAAGACUCACUACCAUGUCUAUGGAAAAUAAAUCUGAAUAGUAUUUUUGAUGGAUUUUUAUUUACUUACCUGCCACUGGAUUGAUUUUUAUUUUGUAUAAUUGUAAGCGACGGCACGAACAAGUCGUGCACCUGGUGGUAAGUGACACGUCUAUAUAUAACAGUUGCAGU